GAGCGGCGGAUGACAACAGACUCCUCUGCUGUCCAUCCAGAGCAGAGGCUCCCAGCGGCUUUAUGGGGUUCAGCUUCUGCAGGAAACAAAAAGAUGCUCUUUGGAAGAAAAGGCAACUUUCUCUGUUUCUGUUUUUAAAGUGGAGGUGGAUCUCUGUGUGUGCGCGACUGUGAGGAGGUGGGGAAGAAAAAAACAAAACAAAACAAAAAAAAACAGUAAACCGGCGAGUGAGUCCAACAAAGUUGCUUCGUGACACGAAAGAAAAAAAAGGAGGUUUUUCACAUAUCGCAUCUGCUCCGUUUGAUUAAAGACCCCGAGAGACGAGUUUCCUGGCUUCAGAUCUUCUGUUGCUUCUCGGAUGCAGAGAAAACCCUGAGCUGUUCGGCAGGCAUCCCUGGAGCUUCAGGGGACAUUGGCAGAUGUGUACCCAGCACACAAAGCCCCUGGCCUGGCCGUGGGGAUGGCAGCCUCUGCCUUGAACCUGAACGGCCUUGGAGUCAUGAACAGCAGUAAUCAGUUUCACUCCCAGCCAGGGUCCUCUAACGCCGCCUCUAGAACAAACGCCGCCCCAGUCGGACGACCUGUGCUGCCGGUUCCCGAUCGGAGCACCUACUGCCCGUUACUGGGUGGAAGCCUCUACAGCCCAACGAGCCCUAAGACAAGCCCCCGAUCAUUUGGCCAAGCCUUCGUCUUCCCCCCCCCUCCAAAUUUGCUCUCCCCCUGCGACACAGCUCGCCCUCGCUCUCCCUCGCCGCGAAGCCCGGAGCGCCUGGGAGUCUACGUCGGCCAGCGCAUCCGACGCCUGAGCGGGGAAGACAGAGGGGACGGAGACGCGCCCGAGGAGACGGGAGGAGGGACAAGAGGAGACGAGAGGAAGCGACAGGAACAUCUGCUUCGGAUUCACAGAGAGCUGCAAAACGUUGAGGUCAGAGGAAAGGUGGGCAUAUUCGAGGCCCACAUUUCUGGGAUCCGGGCCCAGGUCCUUAAUAGUGAACUCCAGCGCAGCCCUCGACCGACCCGACGAGCGACUAGCCAAACCCCUUUGUCUCCCAGCAAAGGAAACGCGGUUCUUGAAAAUCCAAUGACCCACCCACAAGUGAAUAAAGUACCUUCUGUUACACAAAAUGGCAGAGAGGUGGAGGAAGGAAUGACUGAAAGAAUAAGGAAGGAAGGGGGAACGGACACGGGCGAUAAGGACAGCAGCUCUACAAAGUCAGACGCAGAGAACAAGACACCGAUUGAUCAAAAUGACUGCCUGUCGGAAUCAACUGUUCAAAAUCCCUAUAUGGAAAAACGGAUUAUUCAUGGUUCACCUGAAGCCUCAGAAAAACACUCAGCUACAGAUGAGCAGAAUAAAGAAAAACUGAAAGAAAAGGAGGAAGAGAAGGAUGUAGAAAACAUAGAAAAGGAGACAGAACGGACAAACAGAGACGAUCAGUGGCAAUCUAAUGUGCUGAUUCAGACUGAAGGAAAAAUGUUGAAUGAUUUCACUGAAACCACUGCUUUACCUCAAACACAAAACAGUAACAACGUGAAGCUGAGCUUGCUGGAAACACCCUCCAUCCCUGCUGUCAUAGUCACUGAUCACGGUUUGGAGGGUCUGUCUCAAACUACUGAAGGCUCAGGCUCAGAACGGGGACUGUCCCGAUCGCCGAGCCCCAGUUCCAGCCCUGUUCCAUAUUCCUCCACUCGCGCCCUCAGGAAGCUGUCCUCUUCCUCUGCCUCCUCAGCUGGUUUCUCCUCAUCUUGGGAGGAGUCAGAGGAUGAUGUUUCCAGUGAUACGGAGAAGGGAGAAAAUCUUCUCAACCCUGCACAUCUCAGUUCUCAGCAGAGAGCGCACAAGUCAUGGAAGAAGAUAAAGAACAUGGUCCACUGGUCUCCAUUUGUUAUGUCCUUCAAGAAGAAGUAUCCCUGGAUCCAACUGGCUGGACAUGCAGGGAGCUUUAAGGCAGGCGCGAAUGGACGUAUAUUAAAGAAACACUGUGAAUGCGAGCAGCGCUGCUUGUCCCGGCUGAUGGAAGAUGUGUUGCGACCGUAUGUUCCUGGUUAUCAUGGAGACGUGGAGAAGGAUGGGCAGAAGUAUAACCAGAUGGAGGAUCUGCUGGCUGAGUUUGACUACCCUUGUGUAAUGGACUGUAAGAUGGGAGUGAGGACCUACCUCGAGGAGGAGCUAACUAAGGCUCGUAGAAAGCCAGCUCCGAGGCCCGACAUGUAUCAGAAAAUGGUCGAGGUCGACCCAGGGGCACCAACAUUGGAGGAGAACGACAAUAAGGCAGUGACCAAGCCCAGAUACAUGCAGUGGAGAGAGACCAUUAGCUCAACGGCCACCCUGGGGUUCAGGAUAGAGGGAGUCAAGAAAGAAGAUGGAUCUGUGAACAGAGAUUUUAAGAAGACCAAGACAAGGGAGCAGGUGGUUGCAGCUUUCCAUGACUUUGUAAAAGGCGAUAAGGAGAUACUGAACAAAUAUCUAACAAGGUUAAAGGAAAUCCGAGGCACUUUGGAGAUCUCUCCUUUCUUCAAAUCUCAUGAGGUAAUCGGCAGCUCGCUCUUAUUCGUUCACGACAGCAAGAAACAAGCCAAAGUUUGGAUGAUCGACUUUGGGAAGACCACGCCCCUCCCUGAGGGGGAGGAACUAACCCACCGAGCCUCAUGGAUAGAGGGGAACAGGGAGGACGGCUACCUUUUUGGACUCGACAGUUUGGUGGACAUCUUUUCCUCCAUGGUGAACUCUGAGACUUGAAGGUUUUUGUUUCUAAACCAAGUUAACUUUUGGACUCACCACCAUCAACGCUUCCAUUCAUACUCCUCCUUCCUCUGGGAGACGCCGACGCUCGAACUCAGAUGCAAAUCACAUCAUCCGACCCCCUCUUAGUUCCCUACAAGUGGAACCAGUUACAGCAACAAGGCCUCAGUUCCUCAUAACUGUGCUAAACCGGAGUUUUUUUUUAAUGCUGUGGUUUAAACAUUUGAAAAAAGGUCAAUCUUAUGUAACCUUAUUCUGACAGCCUAAACUUUCACUAAAUAAGAUGUCCUAUAAAAAGCAAACAUUAUGGACUCUCUUACCUUAUGCAAAGAGACCUGUACUUUUAUAUUAGAAAUAAAUCCUCGCCAAAGGCCUAAAAUAACAUUUAAUAACUUAAUAAAAAGCUUAAUAUUAUAUGAUAUUAUUACUUUAAGGCGUAAUUCAUAAUAGUAAACAUAAUGCAGUGCUUUGCAAUUGUAUUCAUAUCCCUUAACCUGUUCAUUUUUGUUGCACAAUCAAUCUGUGUGAUUUUACCUGGAUUUAUCUGAUAGACCAACAUAAAGUAGCACUUAACGCUUCAUAGUUUUUAAAUUUUAUUUCUAAAUAGGAAACUGAAAGCAUUAUGCAUUCAGUUCAUUUAAGCAUCUCUAGACUGACCUCUUACUUGGUGUUUGGGCAUCUGAUCAUGGAUUUACCGAUGUUGAGCCCAUUCUUUGAAAAAAUAGCAUAAAUUCAGCCUGAUUGGAUGGAGAGCGUCAGUAAAGUUGCAUGACUAUUUUUUCUUAUAAAGGCGAUAGAAUCAAGAAACACAUUGUCUUUUUUUCUAUAUAUAUAUUUUUUAAUAUUUGAUUAAACAUUAUGAUUUUCCUGUAGUCACUAUUUAUAAUUUACUUUGUGUCAGUCUGUGAAAUAGAGUCUUAAACAUGAAAGUUUCCAGCUGUAAUGUGACACAAAGUGAAACAGGUUAAGAUGUAUACUCUUGCAGGGCACUGUAUAUGUAUUAGACUACUGGUUUGGUACACCUUGUUGUAUUUUGGACUUCUGUUUGACGUUUUUAUAGACAAUUACCAGACGUUUUUUUAAUUUUAUACUUUUUUGAUAAUCUGGCAGCACUUAAACCAAAUAUGAACCACACUCUAGCACUUGUUGAGCUACUUUACUUAGAAGUUCUCCAGUUAGAAACAAUGCUAGGGCUUAGGAAGUUGUCCCUUCCAAAAUGAGAUCUAUAGAUUGCCAAUCUUUAAUAUUUCUUUACUGCCUGAAAGUCAAACCUAAAGUCAACAUAACAGUUAAACUGCAUCAUUUUAUCACUGAGUUCCCAGGAAGUUCUUCCUAGAUUUUAAAUGCUGUUAAUAUGAGCCACAGUUAUAUUUACUGUAACCAAUCUAAAGGUUUCACUUUCUAGAGUUCCUUCAGUAAUCCUCAAUCAGAAGCACAUCAUAUGUAAGGUAAGUGCUUCUUCAGCAUGUGGCCUCUCCUGUUUAGCAGGUUAUUUCUUGAAUGGCCUCAGUUUUCAUAAAGAUUAACUUGAUAGGUCAGUUUUUCAGGAAAUUUUAUUCCAAAUGUGUUGAUCUAUUCAUUCGUUUCUAGAAUUCUCAUAAUACAAGUUAAUAAAAGGCUGACGGAUUGGAGACAAACGGACCAUUCUCAUUAAAGACAAUAAAAAAAUAUUACAUUUACUAAGUUUUGAGUAAAUGUUAGGCAGUGCUUUCAGGUUUUUCUGUUUACCAAUUUAUAACUAUAAAUAUUGAUCUUAAAAUUGAAGGCUAUUUUUAAAGAUGGGUGCUUUGCAAUACUGAAAACAAGUUCUAGGCAUUCUCUGCAGCUUUGUUGAGCUACAUCAUUCAGCAACACAAACUAUAGAAAUGAUUUCAAACAGAAAUGUUAAAAUUUGCUAAUUUAAACAUUUUAAUCCUAGAUUUUCUGCAGUUUUUUUCUCAUCAUAUCGUAAAUUUUAAACACGUUAAUUUUAAAAGUACUCACUUUUUCCAUUAGUUUUUACAAUUAAGACGUAACGUGUAUUUAAUGCAUAUAAAUAAGGAAAAUCAGUCGAGCAGUUUGACAUGUAAGGAAAGGCGGCGUUAACUUAGACUUUAAAUCAGUCAUCUGAAUAUAACUUUCCAUGAGGAGGAGCCACAGAAGCAACAAAUCUGAUAUGAAACCAAUUGUAAAAUAACCAACGCAUCCGUUGUGCUUUUGUUGUAAAAACACUUAACACCCUUCCCUUCGGUUACACCAGGUAGCUAAUGCGGUGUACAGUAAGAUCUAUUUAGUUGUGUGUAGUUUUGUUUGGUUUUUACUGUAACAUAGUUGUUGAAUCCUGUGGAACACUUACAGCCAUGAACAAUGCUAUUUAAGCUAAACAGUGCCUUGACAUUACAGAGCCAAGUCAGAAAGCUAAGAUGAGUUUGUUUUUCUGGUUAUAUUAUGGGUUCCUUUGCUUAGUCCAACUUGGGUGCAUGUUUAUUAUCCUUUUAAAUGUUAAUUACUUUGUAAUUUGUUCUCAUUUUAUUUAAACAUUCUUUUCUUGUUAUUCUGUGGAGGGUCUGCAAUUUCGAAUAGCGGUAUAUCUGGGGGGUUUUCAAAACGAUGUUACUUUUUAAGAGGUAGUCAAUGAGUAGGAAAAUAUGAGGCAUUAUAUUCAUAUAUAUUUUUGAAAUUAGGAGGCCUUCUGUUGAUUUUAAAUUGGUUUGGUAGCUGAGGCAGAAGCGAUUGGUUCUUUACAGGCCGGCCAUCAUGAUAUGUGCUGUUACAGUAAAUAAGGAAAUACCGCAACUUAGUGCUGUGCCUUCUUAAGGAAAUACAUCAAAACAUGAUUGUAUCUGUACUUUAUGAAGCAUGGGUAUGGAACAUGGGAACUGUUCCCUUUCUGACCAACAGUCAAAAAUAUUGCCAGUUUUCCUUUGUGUGCACUUACAGAUGUUUAAUGUAGGUGUUAAAAGUUUGUAGUGUUGCUGGUUUAUGUAUUUAUUUUUUUUGGACUGUUCCUUUAAAAAUACAUUUAUUG